AUGCCAUCCAUCGCCCUGCGACAGAGCAGACGAUGUAGAUUGAUAGAUCCGCGUGCUUACUUGACGAAUACUCCCCGAUUUUCGUGUACCAACAUACAGUCUCGCGCUGCGACAAACGCAUCAUGGCGUCCAGUUUCCAUUCUUGACGAUUGGGUCGCAAAAGAAGCCCGCCCAAUUAGCCUUCGUCAACUUAUGGUCUUUGGCCGAUCACUCACAGAAUCGCGCCUGAUCAGCUCUGCCAAUUAUGUUCGCACCGAAUUACCUACGCGUAUUGCGCAUCGCAUUCGAGAUAUGCAACGCCUACCAUACGUUGUCACCACAAACAAUCAUAUAAAAGAGGUCUAUGAUUUAUAUUACCAUGCCUUCGAUACGUUCCGUAAAGUGAAGGAAGUCAAGACCCUGGACGAUAACGACAAGCUGUGUGAACUCAUCAGCCAUAACCUUAAAAGCCACCUGACUGUGAUACCACAGCUUGCGAUGGGAAUCCUAGAGUGUGGUGGGUUAAUGAGUCCCAUCGACCUUGACAAAUUUAUGAACACCAUUCUGAGAUCGCGUAUCUCCAGGCGAGUCAUUGCUGAGCAACAUCUCUCUCUGACAGAAACAUACAACUCGCCCAAUUUCUCACCCGGUGCCAAACUUUCCGAGUCAGACUUCAUUGGUGAAGUGUUUAUUAAAUGCUACGCUAAAGAUGUCGUUGAGCGUUGUUCAAAAGCAAUAACUGCUCUUGCACGCACCACUAACGGUCCAGAUGUUCAGAUUCCUGAUAUCACUGUUGACGGUCAUCUUGAUGCCUCGUUUCCAUACAUUCUGAGCCAUCUCGAAUAUAUAAUUGGCGAGCUUCUACGGAAUUCUGUUCAGGCUGUCAUUGACCGUCAUCUGAAAACACACCCAGAUCCUAACAAUGUGAAGCCCCCUCCUGUCGAGAUCACUAUCUGCGAGAACCAACAGCACGUUAUCAUACGAAUAUGUGACAGAGGCGGUGGAAUCCCCCGUGCUGAGCUACCACAUCUCUGGUCUUUCAGUAAGGGACCACAAAGCCAGAGACGUCUUAACAACCUUGCUCAAGUGCCCAAAAUGGCAGCAACCAUGCAGGAGCUUCACGUAGAAGAGGAACUGGGUCGUGCAGACUUAAAGGUGCCCCCGUAUCAGAGCUCUCUUUCAUCUCUCACAAGCCGACCGCCCAAUCUGCGGCUCGGCAUGGGCCUGCCCUUGAGUCGCGUCUACGCCGAGUACUGGGCCGGCAACCUCGACUUACAUAGCCUUGAAGGUUAUGGAACGGAUAUGUUUCUGCAGAUUUCACGACUUGGAAACAAGAACGAGCAACUGACUACUCGAGCCAGCAUGGAUGCCUUAUAG